AAAAACCAAGCAAUGAAUCUCCUCAAAUAAGCAACCAAAAAAGCCAAAGCUGUGUCUUCUAAGACACAGCUAAGCUGCCUCAAAACAAAACCAUUCUUCCUUUCUUUAAAUCAUCGGAACAAACCAAACCCAACUCAACCCAACCCAACCCAACUCGACCUAAGGUAAAAAAAAUGUCAGAGCAACAACACACCGCCAACCUCGACCCACCGACGGUCCCCAACGUCAUCGCCUUCCUCUCUUCUCUGCUCCAGAGGGUGGCUGAGUCCAACGAUCUCGGCCUCCGCUUCCGUCCUCAGAGGAUCUCCGCCUUCCACGGCCUCUCACCGCCGACGAUCUCCGUCCAGAGCUACCUCGAGAGGAUCUUCAAGUACGCGAAUUGCAGUCCGUCGUGUUUCGUGGUGGCGUAUGUUUAUUUAGACCGGUUCGUGCAGCGGCAGCCACUUUUGGCGAUCAAUUCUUUCAAUGUGCAUCGGCUGAUCAUAUCCAGCGUUCUGGUUUCCGUCAAGUUCAUGGAUGACAUGUAAGUUCUUCUUCUUCUCCAAGUUUUUCUUUGAUUCUAUCAAUGUAUAAAUUAAGAUAAAUUUU